UUUACAUUCUACUAAAACCGCCAUCUACAACCCAACUAGCCAGUAUUAAUAUACUAACGCCCACCAUCCCACAAUCAUUUCAUCCCGUUCGGCUUCAACCCACUUUAGACUUGGUCGCAUGAAUCAUUACGAUACUGUGCCGGACAAUGAGGAUGACCUACACGAGACUACCGGCGUAACUAUUCCAAAUACACGUCAUGCGAGAGGGGAUAGUGGUAGUAUCCGUAGUAACCAUAGUGCUUCAGACAGCAUGGCGGUUUCAUUGGUGGAUACUUUUGAAGACAAAGACGUGGUUCGACCUGGUACUGCAUCAAACAAUGCUGCGCUGUAUCAUGUCAUUUGUGUUAUUGCAGGCACAGGGAUCUUGCAAGUGCCCUUUGCGCUCAUGCUUUCUGGAUGGGCUGGCGUAUUUUUAAUGCUGUUUGCAGCAGUGGUUAAUGACUAUACUGGGAAAAUGCUGAUUCGAUGUCUAUAUAAUCGAGGACAGCGAGUUAAUGGCAGCUAUCCUGAAAUCGGUCGCAUAGCAUACGGUGUCAAUGGGGAGCGUAUCGUAAGAGUAUUUUACACGACAGUACUUCUGGGUGUUACCUGUCUAUACCUCAUUCUUGCAGGUUUGAAUCUGGAAAAUAUUAUAGGAUUCCUUAAUCAAAAACAAUGGAUCAUGGUUUGUGCAUUGGGAAUUCUUGUUCCAUUUGUGCUAAUGCGUACCCUGAAAGAAGUUGCCAUUGUCAGUCUCUUUGGCGCUCUUGCAUCGAUCAUUGUUUGCGUUUUGGUUGUGGUUCUCGGACUGAUUGAAAUACCAAAGAACGAAGGAAAAGUCACCCAUUCGUUCAUCAAUAUUGCCAAUAUGCCAGCUGCAUUGGGUUCAUUUUCAUUUUCGUUUGGUGGAAACUAUGUGUAUGCCGAGGUAGAACGAUCCAUGGCUAAGCCACAAGCAUUUCCUACUGUGCUAUCUCGAGCCAUGUCUAUCAUCACCGGCAUGUAUCUUUUAACAUCAGUAGUUGGAUACGCUGCAUUUGGAAACUUGACCAAGUCACCUAUUCUGGACAAUCUUCCUCACGGAUGGACAACGACCGCAUCCAUUGUGAUUAUUACAGCGCACGUCCUUCUUGCAUGCCCGCUUCUCGUGACUACGUUUUCUGUAGAUAUUGAGCGAUAUCUCGACAUUGAUGCACCCGAAGACACUGUUCGACAGCGCACACAACGAGCUAUUCUUCGCACAUGUUUAAUGGUUGGGAUUGCAUUUAUAGCAAUGGCAGUUCCCUACUUUUCAGACCUGAUGACUUUUCUUGGCGCCGUAGCCAAUACGAUGCUGAUCUUUGUGUUCCCAGUAGUGUUUUACUACAAGAUAUUUGGCCUGCAAGGACGUAGUAUAACGGAACUGGUUUUUGGAGCUACUAUUAUAUUUAUUGGGAUAUUAGGUGGAAGCAUUGGUGGAUAUGAGUCGUUGAUGGCUUUAUAUCGCGAUGUGAUGGGUGAAGGUAUAGGUUUUAUCCAACAUUGAAUGAAUCAAGGAGUUUAUGAUGGUUCAGUGAAUGGAUCGAUUGAAGUUUUAUGUAUGUACUAAAAUUG